UUACAGAUGGCGUUUAAUUGAGAAGAUGGAAAGUAAUAUGUCCAACGAAAAUAACUCUCUCUUUCACUCAAUACUCUCAUUCCAAAUAAUGUUUAUUUUGAACACAACGUGCUGAUAGUUGUUUAGUUUGUGGAAAGGAUAUAACCCGUACUGCCUUUUUAAUAAGAGUUUCAAUAUAAGUUUCGGUUUCAGUUCUGUUAAAAUGACCCUGUUGUUUCCUCAAGUCAGCUAUCAGCAGUCUGCUGGAGUGAUUGUUAGACAAAACUCCUUUCGGAAUGGCAUCGUCUAUCUCAAAUUUAACUUUCAAGAUUCUGUGCGAUAAUGACGGAUGUUUGGAGGCAAGGCAGCUGAAUGCGAAGCUCGCAGAAAGCAGUUUCGGGGUUAAGCUAGCGGAUCUGCGCUCUGUUCUUUUCGACGACGGUAAAAUUGCGAUUCGGGAAGGUAAACAGCGGGUUCCUGGAGGUAACCUCAGGCCCGACAGUCUGAUUGUUGCUAAAACCAGUUUGAGGCUUUGUCAGAGAAAAGCUGGGGGGUGCACCCAAUGUGAUGGUUUACACCUGUGCAGGUAUUUUGUCUGCGGUGGCUGCACGUUCGGACCCAAGUGUAAAAAUCCUCACAGUCUGGCUUCUCCACACAACGCAGAGCUUUUAAAGAGAUAUGGUCUUCAGGAUUUGACAGAGAAACAACUCUCCCAGCUUUUACUGCAGAAUGAUCCUUUCCUGCUUCCUGAGGUUUGUCAACAUUACAAUAAGGGUAAUGGUCCGUUUGGCUCCUGCGCAUUCACCACCUCCUGCACAAAGCUUCAUGUCUGCCAGCAUUUUCUAAAGGGUGACUGUAGCUUUGGCUCUAGAUGCAAGAGAACCCAUGCUAUUGAUGAGCAAGGAGUGAAGCUGUUUAAAGGGUUCAGCCAGGGCAAUAUUCAAAGCCUUUACAAGAUCUACAGGAAUAAAUUCAUCAUCAAUGGACAGCAAGGGAGCCAAGUUCCUGCUCCAGUGCUUUCAUUCAGUCAUCAGCUGCCUUACCAUCAGCCUCCACAAAUCAGCUCUGGAUUGCUCACCAAAUCUGUAAGUCCUGCAAACCCUAACAGCGAUGGUGAGAGGAAUGAAAUCUGCCUCUACAAUAUUCGCAAAAGCUGCAGCUUCAAAGAGAAAUGUGCGCGUGUCCACUGGAACCUACCUUACAAAUGGGAGGUGUUACACAGAGAUGGUGUAACUUGGAAAGACUUGCCCAAUAUGGAAGAAAUUGAAAAGGCAUACGCUGACCCAAAAUGGAAUACUAGCUGCAUGGAUCCCCUGCUGUCUGCGUUGGAUAUUCUCUCUUCUCUAAAUCUUAGAUCUGCAUCUAACUUAAAGCAGCAUGUUGACUUUACAACGAUGACCUAUGGAGGGUCUCCAGUUCGUCGCCUGUCCACUGCAUCUUCUGUCUUACAUCCGCCACACUUCAUUCUCACAACUCAGUGGAUUUGGUACUGGAAAGAAGACAAUGGAUCAUGGAUUGAGUAUGGACAGGGUGGAGGAGACACCACAGUCACUUCUGAAACACUGGAGAAAAUGUACCUGGCAGACAAAGAUGCAGAGAUCCCUUUCCAGGCUGGCAAACAUCAAUAUAUUCUGCAUUUUACGGGUGCAGAGGGAACCCAGCAGAUGUAUCAGCAGAAUUUACAAUACCAAACCAAGAGAGAAAUCCAAAGGAGGCCUCGCUUUGUGUCUACUCAGGAUGUGAAGGACCUCAGGAGUGGAUCAUCACACAGCUCCAGCUCCCCCACAGCUGAACAUAUUCCAUCCCACUGGGACAAGAAUGCCCUACCUGAUUUGGGAUAUAAGCUCGUGCUUCUUUCCAGAUCUGAACCGGAUUAUAAUAUCGAGGUGGAUUUCAGACGCACCAUGCCUUGCAGUAGAAUUGAAAGCAUCCAUAGGAUCCAGAACCCCUCUCUGUGGAAAGUCUUUCAGUGGCAGAAGGACCAGAUGCAGAAGAGGAAUGGGGGAAAACGUGUGGAUGAGAGGCUUUUGUUCCACGGGACUGAAGAGAACCUGAUUGAAGCCAUCUGUGAUCAAAACUUUGACUGGAGGAUGUGUGGCGUCCAUGGAACAGCCUAUGGGAGAGGGAGCUACUUUGCCAGAGAUGCAUCCUACUCAAACAGAUAUUCUAAGGUCCGGGGGAGUCUGAACAAGAUCAUGUUUGUGGCCCGAGUGCUGGUGGGUGAAUACACAAAGGGAAGUGGCAGCUACGUUCGACCACCAGCAAAAUUAGGAAGCAAAGCUCUUUACGACAGCUGCGUUGACUCCAUUAGCAACCCCAGCAUAUUUGUGAUCUUUGAAAAACAGCAGAUUUAUCCAGAGUACCUUAUAAAGUACAGAUAAGGGGGAAAAAAUGCUUUAUUUUCCAUUCCUUUAAGAAGAGGGAAACCCGUAACGGGACGCUUUUUAGAUUGUUAAAGCUCCAAUAUACAUAAGGGAACAUUUUGCUGGGUAUCUUUGUUCACUCCAAAGUAUGCAGUCUGGCUUUCUUUGUGUAUUUUGUAUUUACUGCUUAGUAGGUUGUGUUUUCCUAACCUUAGGUGACCACUUGUCCAUCGGGAGCCUGUCUGAGUGAGUAAAGAUCAUUUUGGCUAAUAAAUCACUUACAGGCCCAAAAGUACAAUUUAAAAUCGUUCCUUGUUUGCUGAUGCUUUAGGUGGCAGCAAGAUAUGUGGAUAUUUGUGAGUUCUACAAGCCCCUACAGGUACACUCUAGUAUUUACUGUUUAUUACUUACAGCUAGGGCGCUGCUUGUUUUAAAGCUGAUGAUUUUUUCAAGUAGGACACUUUCAAAGUAACAAUGGUGAUCAAACAUAGGGCAAACAAAUUGUAUUAAAAAUCACAAGUUUACUUAGUUUAAAAAAAAAGUAAAGCCACUGAUUAUAUAGGUAAAUAUUAUCUUAUUUCUGAAAGUAUAUUAUGCUGACCAGAUGAAAGAAGUUAUUAUGAUUGUAGUAUAAAAUUUCCAUUAACAAUUGUUAGUCAAGGAAAUCCUUUGUGUCAGUAAAGUACAGAUUAUUAAAAUGCUCCAGUAUUGUCAACCAUACUAUGUAUGGUUAGCUAAAACUUAAUAAAACUAAACCCGAUCAUAAAGACUUACUUGAAAUUUUAGAAUAUACAUUGAUAUGUUACUUUACAGAGAACAAAGAGCUGUGGAAAGUACUAUAAAUGCAGAGAAAGGGAAACCUGCAUGCAUCCUCUUGAAAAAGUUAGAUUAUUUUUAUUCCUACCAAGAACAUGUUAAUCUUUUCAAAGGCCUUGACAGACGUCUUAAGAUAUAACUGAUUUUAAAGUUUGGAAUAAAAUGAAUGAAAUGUUUAAUGUUAAAACUGUGCUCUGACAACCGGGACAAAAAGCUGUUAAAAGGCACCUGUAUUGUUAUGUUCAGCAAGGGAUACCAUCAGUUAUAUCUCAGACAAAAGCAUAAAAAGCACCUGUUUACCGACUUCAUGCAGAUUAGCGUAACUUUUCUGACACAACUUUAUUGAGAACUUUGAACAUUUCAAUGUAUCUUUGACUUCUUGCUUCUAUACCUAAUACUGUGUGGCAGCAUUUGUAUUUGUAUAAUCCUACAGGAAGAUAUGUGUGAAUUAUUACCUAAAGUGGACCCCAUGUUAUUUUCCUUCUGUAGGCACCUGCUCUAUCCACACAAAGGGAUGAGUGUAUAAAGGUAAAGCAUGAUGAAUCUUCAUGUUCACUGAUGUGAAUAGACACAGUUGGUUGCUGCCAACAUCUUUCAAAGGAACCUGCUGUUUUCAGACUGAUUUGAGCUUUCCACUGUGUGUUUUGUUUUUAUGAAUAAUAAUGCUUUCUGCAUGGAUUUUGUAUUUGUGCUGGUGAUGACAAAACAUGUGACAAGAAGAACGUAAACAUUGCUCUACUCCUGAAAACAAUUGUUUUAACAUACAAUAACUUCUUAAAGAUUUCAACAUGUCUGUCUGUUUUUUUUAAACUGUUGUUUGGAAUAAGUGCUUGAUGGUGUAUUUAGUUACAUUAAACUAGGCUGGAACUAAAA